ACCACCAAUGCAAUGUAUUCAUGACUAGAGUGCACACAAAAACAAACAAGAUGGCCACUGAUAGUGUAGCGCUACUCAUACGUGGCGUUGGAGCCCUGCCAACCCCAGUGAACGACUCCGGUCUGGUGUUGGAAGAGCAGACCCUUCUUCCAGGCGGAGCUGAAUCUGAUGGCUGAGACGCGGUUAACAGCGCUACACCGCUGACUGGUCGGCAGAAGGACCAGCCAUGUCCAAGAGCGCCGAGCCCCAGACGCACAGCGUACCCAGCAGGCAGCGAUGUCCACAGGCCAAAGGGCUGGAGAGCAUCGAGCCUCUGGUGCGUUCUGCGGAGGAAACCCCUGAUCCCAUCCCCACCACCAUCACAGGAACCAUUCCAUCCUGGAUCAAUGGGAGCUUCCUGAGGAAUGGUCCUGGAAAGUUUGAAUUUGGGAAUGACAGAUACACCCACUGGUUUGACGGCAUGGCCAUGAUGCACCGGUUCCACAUCUGUGACGGCAACGUCACCUACAACAGCCGAUUCCUGCGAAGUGACUCAUACGUCAGCAAUUCAGAGAAGAACCGCAUCGUGGUGUCAGAGUUUGGGACAUUAGCCAUGCCUGACCCCUGCAAGAACAUCUUCGCGCGCUUCUUUUCACGCUUUCAGGUUCCAAAGACCACAGAUAACGCCAGUGUGAACUUUGUCAAGUACAAGGGGGACUAUUAUGUCAGCACCGAAACCAACUACAUGAGACGAGUGGAUCCACAGAGCCUGGAGACGAAGGAGAAGGUGGACUGGAGUCAAUACAUUGCUGUCAACUCGGCUACAGCUCACCCACACUAUGACCGUGAAGGAGCCACGUACAACAUGGGCAACUCAUACGGGAGAAACGGUUUCUUCUACAACAUCAUUCGUGUGCCUCCUCCUGGGGAGAAAGCAACGGAGGACUCCGCAGACCUGGAUGGGGCCGAAGUCCUCUGCUCCAUCCGCGCAGCUGAACCCAGGAAGCCUUCCUAUUUUCACAGCUUUGUCAUGUCGGAGAACUACAUCGUGUUCAUCGAGCAGCCGAUCAAGCUGGACCUGCUCAAGUUCAUGCUGUACAGAAUCCAGGGAAAGAGCUUUCAUAAAGUCAUGACCUGGGAUCCUCAGUGUGCAACCAUCUUCCACUUGGUCGACCGCCACACUGGCAAGGAGAGUGAGGUGAAGUACUGUGCAGCGCCCAUGUUCACAAUGCAUCAGAUCAAUGCUUUUGAAGAGGACGGGUUUUUGGUUAUGGACAUGUGCUGUGGGGACGAUGGUGAGGUCAUUGGAGAAUUCACAUUGGAGAAUCUCCGCAGAGGCCCGGGAGAGGAAAUGGACAAGUUUUACAACUCGUUGUGCAGAAACCUCCCAAGGAGAUAUGUCCUGCCCCUGACUGUGGACCAACAAACUCCUUUGGACCAAAACCUUGUCACUCUGCAUAAAUAUACAGCCACAGCAAAGAAGACCAAACCGAGAGAGGUUUUCAUGACCCACGAGGAACUUCACGACGACGAGCUUCUACAAUACGGCGGCCUUGAGUUCCCUCAGAUCAACUACGACCAGUACAAUGGCAGACCGUACCGCUACUUCUACUCGUGUGGCUUUGGACACGUCUUCGCUGACUCCCUGCUCAAAAUGGAUGUCCACACCAAGGAACUUAAGGUGUGGCGUUAUCCCGGCUUGUACCCGUCUGAGCCUGUCUUUGUUGCGUCGCCCAAAGCUACCGAGGAAGAUGAUGGAGUGGUCUUGUCAGUUAUCAUCACACCCAGAGAAGAGAAAAGUACUUUCCUACUGGUCCUGGAUGCCAAGACCUUCACUGAGCUGGGAAGAGCGGAGGUCCCGGUCACCAUCCCGUUCGGGACCCACGGCGUGUUUAACGAGAUGGGCUAGCGGCAGACCCGGUUUGCAGCUCUGCAGAUAAUUAAUGAAAUUGAACCAGCAACCAGCCACUUUACCCACAGUGUAGAAUAUCUCUGUUGAUGUCAUUGCCUGUAAAAAACUGAAAGAAAUAAGAGCUGGGGAAAAACUGCA